AGCAUUAUUUUGUCUGUCGUGUUUUUAUUCAGCGGGACAUUGAUCAAACUUGUUUAUUUGAUUAUAUUUGUUCACUUCAAAGUAAAACAAAAUAUUACAUAGCAAAAAAAGUUUUAACCAUAAUUUAUUGUUGUGUAAUAUGCAGUAACAGUGAAAUCAUGAGACGAGGUCAUGCUGGGAUCGGUGGAUGGCGAAAUGAAAACAUCAGACAUUUUAGACCUCGAGGAGGAGGGAAUCAACAGUUUAUACCUAGAGACUACCAACCAUUAGAUGUACCCAGAUUCCCGCCACCAAUUACUAGAGGAUUUAGACCACCUCUAAUUGCAUCAAGGUUAAGUCAUACAACCGAUAAUUUUCCAGGAAAUAAUAGAAACAAAUUUAGAUAUAUGAACAGAAAUAAUGUUAAUAGAACAUAUGAUACCCAUAAUGAAAGGCAGAUGUUUCAACAACCAAAACAUUUUACACAUAGUGAGUUGACUAGUCCAACAAAAAGGAAUAAAGAUUCAAAUAUUUAUGACAAUAGUAACCAAAGUAAUGCCUGUCAUAUAAAUAGCCACGGUGACAUUGAUCUUAGACAGCCGAGUGGCAAUACAAGUCGUUUAGGCCACAAACAGCCUUCAUUUACACCUUGGGCUCAUCCCCCUGAACAUAAAUUACAUCAGUACGAAGAAAGAAAUCAAAAUAGACAGUACAAAUAUAAUGAAGAUUUACAUAAAUUGCCUUACCCAGGCCACAGACCACCUUCUUCUGACCAUUAUGGAGGUAAUCCAACCUCUAUUAUAGAAAAUUCCAAAACUUAUAGCCGAACUGUAGAUGAUACCGUUGAUAUUAUAAGAAAAAGAAUAUUAGACAGAAACGAAUCUGUUCAUACCUCAGAUAAUUUGAAUAUUGAUAAUUCUAACAACAAUUCUUUUCUUCCUGAAGAGUCUUUUGGUCAUUUUUAUGAUGCACAACAAGAACAGCCUAUACGUAGAAGGAUCCAAAGACAAAAACAAAAGAAUAAAUCUAAUUGUGAUAAAAUAAAAAAUAAAAUAGUACACCAGUUGUUUAAAAUGGACAAAGAAAAAAUUCACAAGCUUAUGGACAACCCUAAUUCUUCCUCCAAAUUUGAAUAUGCUAUAAGUAGUCUCAUAACGGAGUCUCAAAAUAGCUACAAUCGUCACUUGCGAUCAGUUGCUGAGAAAUCAUUGUGUGGUUCAAGUACAGAAUUCAUUCAAGAUGACCAUAAUACUAUUUAUGAAGAUACAUUUUUAAAACAGAUGCAGUGUAUCUUAGAUCCACAGGACACAGUAUUUCUUGAGGAUAUUAAACCAUUUGUUAUGGCCGAACUCUCCAAAGUGUUGCAAUUAGAAGACUUUGAACAGCAACACAUAGAUAGUGAAAGUUCUAGUCACCUUAAUAAUGAACAAUUUGGUUAUGAUGAGUACCCCUCAAGUUCAAGUAAAUACGAAAAUUAUUUGCAUGAAUAUGAAGAUCAAGGAAUUUCUAAUUUCCAAAAAUCAGAAAUUCAAAGAAUGAAUAGAAAAAUCUCUAAAAAUUAUGAUGUAAAUCUUAGAAGAAAUAAUACAACUUAUAAGCCUAAUUUUGAACCCAGACAAAGGGCAAAAAGUUGUUCUUACAAUGAAGAUAGAGGUCCGGUAACAGAAAAUGUACGAUUUGCUAGACAUAGCCUUGACAAUAAAUCAAAUGAUACAUUUAAAGUUGAAGAAGUCCCAGUUUUUGACCCAAACUCGAAAAGUUUAUCGGAAGACGAAGAUCCAUUUGCUGAAUUAGAUAAUCAAUAUCAUGUUGCUGUGGAUCCUAAUUUCAUUGCUGAUGAUACUUCAAGUUCACAUCACUCACAAAGAGACAGUUCAGUUCAACCAUUAUUUGAUAACAGCUACUCUUCCAGUGCUGAGAAUAAUAACAUUGAUAAUGUAAAGCAGGAAAUUGAUAGUCAAAUUCUUAACAUUGCAAAAUCACCAUUAAAACUUCAUGCAAAAAACAAUGAUAAAGGUGACAUCAAUGAAAGAGAAAAUAUAAAUUCUAAUAUUUAUCAAAAUACAGACAAACAGUCAGUAGGUUCAACAGAUUACAGAUGUGUACCUGGUGAUAAUCAUGUAAGUACAGAAUCAAAGACAUCUCAUACUAGUUCUACAUCAAAAUCUAUACCAUCGUCUAAUUCACGUAAAAGACCCAUUGACCAACAAUCAUCUCAUCGUAAGGAAAAGCGAAAAAAAUCAGAAGAUGGACCCCCUGAUCCAAAGAAGAAAAAAGACAACAGAAACAUCACUAAUGUGCCUGCAAAAAUUGGGGAAGCACAAAUUAAAACUGGAAAAAAUGUGCAUAAAACAAAGUUUUUGCCUAAUAAAGCUGAGCGUAUAAAAUUUAGUGAAAAAGAAUACUCGAAUAAGUAUGUUAAACGAAAAAAUAAAAAUAAACACGAAAAACAUAGUCAUGGAUCUAGAAAAAAAAAUGCUUCUACUCCAUCAAGUCAUUCCAAUUUACCUGUCACUAAUAGUAACGCUUCCAUUACUCCGCCUAAAACAGACCCUAAAAAUACACUUAAAACAAUAGAUAUGUUUACACAAAAACCAAAGAAAGUAAUUAUUCAUCAAGCUCAUCGAAACACUGCGGUUGUACCAAGUACAAAAUUUGCAUCCAGUAGUGAAAAAGACGAACGUAAAAAAAAGGACGUGAGUAAUAAAAUAUUUCAGCGUGACGCGGCAACUCAAGUUCAUAUUGAACUAGUGUCGAAAGAUACACAAACAAAUGAGGAUAUUAUUUGUGCAAGAUGUUGCUUAUCUGAGGAUACUAGGUUAGUCGAAAAACUUGAAGUAGAUCCUACACAUAUAGCAGUGGAGCCUGUUCAAGCUUUAAAUCCUUUAGCAAGAAUGAAAGAAAUUGAUUUACAAAUUCAAAAUUUAGUUGAAGAGAAAUUAAAAUUGUACAGAUCAUUAGGAAUGAAUGAACCAAGUGAAGAUUCUUUACAAUCAUUAGGAAUAGCUAUAUUAAACAUGCCCGAAGAGGAGAAUAAAGAUGAAAAUGUUGAGAAAGAUUGUCUGGGUUUUAAUGAAAUCAUAGAAGAAGUUGUAGAUAUACCCAUAAAUGAUCUUGUAGAACUAACAAGUGAAAACACAAAAGAAGUAUAUAUUGAACCACAUAAUGAAACAAUUGACACUACCAAUAAUACCAUUGAUGCCCCAAAAGGUAGAAAACUAACACGGCGGCAAAUGAUAUUGCAAGAAAGAAAAAAAUCUGCCGGCCCAAGGUCGACAAAGAAAGUUAAAAAAGAUAAAUCCCCAAAUAUUUCUCUUAUAGAACAGAUUCUAAAAGAUGAUCGACCACUUGAAGAAAUUAUAACUUUGGACGAUUUCGAAAAGCCUAUGAGAACAAGGAGGAAAUCACAAAGAGUACAAAGAACAAAGAAAAAGAAUAUAAAAACAGCAAAACCGCCUAUAGACUUAAAUGAUCUUAAUAUAAUUGAAAUUAGGGAAUGCUCGGUAGUUUUAGUAAGAGAAGAUUUAAAUAAGCUAUUGGCAGAAUAUAACACUAGACAUUAUGAGCAUGAAGUUAUACAGUAUGAGCCAUUAGAAUGUGCGAGUUUUGUUGAAGCUGUAGAAAUACCGGAUAAAGAUAAUUCUGAUAUUCAACUUGACAUGUUAGAUGUAUCAGAAGAUAUAAUCAUUGAUAAUAAUUAUGAAGGAAAAUCUGCACAAGAUAAAGAGUUAGGGUUAGCAGAAGAUUCUAUAAGUGAAGAAAUUAUGCUCGGUGAUAGUCAAUCAAGUGAAGAUUCAUUAAUUCCAAUUUCAAGUGGAGAGAAUGAAUGCAAAACAUUUGAUUUCGCCGCUGAUGAAAAUCUACGUCGUGACUCAGUAUGUGUCACAGGGCAAGCUGAUGCUGUUCUUGCUAUUGAAUGUAUAGACAAUAAUUUCGUGGCAGCAUGUUUGGAUGGCAAUGUCUAUUACUUCAGUGGUGAUGGUCAACUUAUCAAUACAUUGAAGGGUUCAAACUUGGCUGUUACUUGUCUGACAAUUGUUAAAGAUAAAUAUGAAACUACCAUUUAUACAGGCUCUUUGGACUCUAGAAUACGAUAUUAUGACCUGGAGACAGGAAUAGAAAAGGGACCUGAAUGUAAUGUUCUUAGUCCUAUACAGACAAUGGACCGAGCUUGGGACACUGUCUUUGUAGGAACCAGGACCGGAUUUGUUUUACAAUUUGAGUGUAAGAAUAAUAUGCUUAUACCUGUGAGCACAGUCAAAUUCUCAGACCAGUCUAUAUUAGCACUACGAGCAAUGAAAGAAGGACCUCGUAAAGUAUUACUAGUUGCGUCAAGGUCUGAGAAUGUCACAAUAAAAGAUGCACAAACUGGACUCUUGUUACGAACACUUGAGGGUCCAAAGAUGACGGUCUAUACACUGCUGUAUGAAGACGGCAAAGUCUACUGUGGUACCAGCAAUCAUCAGAUACAAGUUUUUGAUUAUACGAGCGGCAGCCAUGUUGGUGUGCACGAGGGGGGUAAGGGCGCGGUGUGUCUGCGCGCGUGCGGAGGUCUACUGUUCGCGGGCUGCUAUGACGGCUGCGUGUAUGUCUACAGAGAGGGCGAGCCGAGGCCCCUCGCACAGAUACGAGGCCCCGGACUCAUGCUACUCUCACUGGCUAUACUAGGCACCAAGAUAAUCGCCGGUUUUAAGGACAGAAGUCUAUGUAUAUGGAAAAUCCCAUUAAGUAUACUCCAGGAGAUGAUCUUAUAAGUUUGAAUAUAUUAUGUAUUGUAGU